GCUAAGACAGAGUAGCUCUGCUGUCUCGGCUAUCCGAGGCUAGCAAAAGGCAUUCCUGUUAGAAAAUACUGUGGCAGUACUAUGGAUUGGUAGAGAUCUGCCUGCUGUUUCUGGGGAUUAGAGGCACAUUUCCUGAGUAAUUGAAAGGAAAGCAGUAAUUCACAAGAUAUACACUCUGGUGGUUUUGUAAGCUGGAAAACAAAGCCGUGUGGAUGAGUCCCUAUCCUGCUACAUGCCAAUUGUUUUCUUUUACUUUUGGUUUACCUAGGAUAAAAGGCUCUGCGGACCUGUAACUGUAGGAUUGUUUCUCUCUAUAUAAUUUCUGAUGCAGAAGACAUGAGAAUGUUUCAAGUCCCCUCUGUCCUUUUACUGUCUCUUGCUCUCUACCUGCUUGACUCACUCCAGAUAUUUUAAGUGAUAUAUUUCCUUACUAAAAUGAAAUUACUAUGGCUCACCUGCUGAAUUGCUCCAUCUGGGGAUUUUUCUGUUUUUUCUUCUCUGCUGUUUAAAAUCCAGCAUCCUAGUCCAAACACUGAAAACAAUUUGCAAACUCAUUGAUUCUUCUUGUGUAUAUCACCAAGGAUCUGAUUUCAUGCCAGACUCUGUUCUAUUGUGCAGUCACUUUCCUGCAAACAGGGAACUGGUUAGUCAAUUCACUUCUUAACAGACACAGAGGAUUGCUCUACUCUGCUGUAUCUAAGAAUUGAAUUGGAUUGUCUUUGAAGAUUACAAAGCAUUCCAUUUACUACGUCCAACAGCUUCAGCGACUGACCAGUUCGAUUUUAUAGGAUUGUCAGCAAUGCGUGUCAUUGUCUAACUGGAAGAGUAUAUGGGAUACGAAGAGGUGUACCUUUGGAAGCAAGAAGAUCAUCUAUUAUAGAAAAUUUAUUUGUAAAGAAAUAGUAUGUCACCAUAAAAGAUACUCAGUGACAUUGCAUGCUGUGCUUUGAUGAUGUUAUCCUAGAAGAAACAAGCCUGGCCCAUGUGCAUGACUACAAUGGUCUUAAGAUGGAGGUCAAGCUCAGUGAAAGGAAUUUCGGUAAUCAAUUUCUUCUGGACACCUUAUAAGGCAAUAAGACCAUUUACAAUGGAUUGGCUGGUUAUCUGUUUGCUGAUAGCUAGCUCUACAGUGAAAGCCAUAAUGUGUCCAAAACGAUGCUUGUGCCAGAAUCCUUCACCUUCUCUCACUAUCCUCUGUACAAAAACUGGACUACUUUUUGUACCACCUGGAAUUGAUAGGGAAACCGGUGAGCUAAGACUUAUGGAUAACUUCAUCACUACCCUCAGGACAAAAGAUUUUGCAAACAUGACAAACCUUAUCCAUUUGACUCUGUCAAGAAACACUAUCAGCCAGAUCAUGCCUUAUACAUUUUUUGAUCUAAAGACACUUCAUGCUUUGCAUCUGGAUAGUAAUAGAUUGACGAUCAUUAACGAUGAGCACUUCAAAGGUAUGACGAACCUUCGGCAUCUAAUUCUCAGUAGCAACCAGCUAUAUCACAUGUCGGAGAAUUCUUUGGAGGAUUUCAUUGAAACUCUAGAGGAUCUGGACCUCUCUUACAACAAUUUAGUACAUGUUCCUUGGGAAACAAUUGGAAGGCUAAUAAGUGUCAACACACUGAGCUUGGAUCAUAACCUUAUUGAAUAUGUUCCAGAAGGAGUGUUCUCCAACCUUCAGAAGCUUGCUCGCUUGGAUAUGACAUCAAACAAGCUGAAGAAAAUACCACCUGAUCCUCUUUUUUUAAAAAUUCCUAUAUAUGCAAAGUCAAAAGGUUCGCCUUUGUCUUCCUUGGUCCUGAGUUUUGGUGGUAAUCCGUUGCACUGCAAUUGUGAGCUCAUGUGGCUGAGACGACUUACAAGAGAAGAUGACCUGGAAACAUGUGCCUCUCCUUCUGAACUUAUGGGCAAAUACUUCUGGUCAAUAAAGGAAGAGGAGUUUGUGUGCGAAUCUCCAAUGAUUACUCAUCGUACAGCAAAGAUGUUUGUGAUGGAUGGUCAAAGUGUCAGCUUACGCUGUAAAGCAGUUGGAGACCCUGAGCCAUACAUCCACUGGAUUUCACCAAGAGGGAAGUUGGUUGCCAACACAACAAGAGUGACUUCAUAUGACAAUGGAACCUUAGACUUUUUGAUGGCCUCUGUCAAGGACAGUGGCAUAUUUACCUGUAUUGCCACAAAUGCCGCUGGGGAGGCCACUGCUCCAGUUGAACUAAUAGUGAAUCCUAUCCCACAUUUAGCUAACAGUACAAACCACGUUAAAGCACAUGAGCCAGGACCUUCUGAUAUCCUCAUAUCUGCAAAGUCAAGCACAUCUUCUAGUCGUGACAACAAAACAUAUGAAAGCAGUAGCGUACAAGUUACUGAUUUAACCUCUUCUUCUGCACUGAUUUACUGGUCUUCACAAUAUCAUAUUAAAGGGAUACGUAUGUACCAGAUUCAAUAUAACAGUACAACAGAUGAUAUUUUAAUUUACAGAAUGCUUCCACCUUCUAGCACAUCAUUCCAAUUGAGUGACUUGGCUUCCGGUCGGGACUAUGACCUAUGCAUUUUAGCUGUCUACGAAGAUGAAUUUACUUCUUUAACUGCCACCAAAGCUGUAGGCUGUGUACAGUUUACCACAGAAUUUGAGUACAAACAAUGCCGAUCUCUUCACGCCCAGUUCCUUGGCGGCACCAUGAUCAUCAUUAUUGGGGGAAUUAUUGUUGCAUCUGUUCUAGUCUUCAUUUUCAUCCUUCUAAUGAAGUACAAAGUCUAUAAUCAGUAUCCUAAAAACACAGGUACAGCUGUCACAAAUGUCUGCUCCCAGACCAAUGGGAACCACAGUGGAUAUGCAUCUUGCUCAACUUCCAAACCUUCAGAGAGGCAAGAGAUGAUUUUGUUAGAGAACUCAGGGGCAUCUGCAAAAGGUGCCGCUAACUCCAAUAUAACUCAUGAAUGCUGGAAGGAAUCUUUGACUGAAACAACCAUAUUAACAGAUGACCUAUCCCCACAAUAGCAUAAGCUACUAUAGUUGUACAGAAACAUGACACCUCCGGAUGCAGUAUUAAAAAGACAGACCCAGGUUGCACUGCCUUAAACUCUUUAAAUGAAGUUUAGCAAGUCUGCGAGAAUAUACAUUGUAUGGAAUUUUCAGCCGGAAUGCAGCCUAGCUAACAAAUAUAAUCAGUUUGCAAUCUCAACUCUGGUCCUAAAUACUGCAAUCACCACCAUUAUAAAAUAUCCUGGCAAACAUUACUAACUUGAGUUUCAUAAAGACUAAUUCACUGUCUUUCAUAAUCAGACAGAGGUUAAAAAUAUGUUUUCAAAAUUCAUUGUGUCCAGGAUAUUCCAAAGGGAAUGUAACAAGAUUUCAGUGGAGCCUGCUUCUACCCGCUUUCACAAUUUGAGUGAACUUGCAGAGGAUUAUUAAAAUGAAUGACUUCCUCAGGAUUCCACAGUGUGCCAAAUGCGUGCCAGCAUUAGCCUUGAGAUGAAAUUUCACAGGUGUGCACUGAAUUACACCAAAUGCACCCCGGAUUCAAGGUAUGAAGAGUAUCUGCACAACCAUUUGAAGAUUUAAAUGACUGUGUCUCAUCCAAACUAGAACAAUACAAAUGGAGAAGAUACAGAAAGAGCAAGACAGCAAAGGAAGAAGAAAAAGGAGAUAGAGAGACUGAGAGGGAGACAUUUUGGUUCUGGUCUCAGUUUGCCAUAAUUUCCACUUUUGUGGAUCUUUAGUACUUAAAAAAACACCUUGAUUCCUAUGUAGGCACAUCUCUCCUACCAGGAAAAUGUGUUUUCAUAUAAACUGCUAAGACAGUACAUGAAAAAUAAUAGGGACUAUGAAGUUCUAUUUUUGGCCUCCUAAUAUAGACUGUAUUGAAAAGGUCGCAUUAGCUUUUAAUGUGUGAUCAAUUCUGUUUCUGUUCAUUGUAUAUGAAAAUAAAAAGUCUCAUAAACAUAUGCAAUGAAUUUCAAAAAUGUAAACUUAAAUUAGUCUUGAGGUGUAUAUGGCAUUAACUGUGUCCUGCAUAUUAAACUCAAAUUGAUACAAAUUCACAAAUAUUUAUUCUGGAGAACACAGGUCUAUUAUAUUCUUCACAGAAGCUUGUUUCCACUGGAAUUGUGAGAAAAGAACUGCAAUACAGCACACAACUAUAUUGAGGUUAUAUCUCUUGUUCCUGUUUUGUAUGCUAUUUUAUAAUAAAUAAAUAAUUUUCAUAUUUUUA